AUGUCCAGACAACAGAUGCUCUGGUGUAGCGGUAUGACGAUAUGCUCUAGUAUAGCGUGUAGCGGUAUGACGAUAUGCUCUAGUAUAGCGUGUAGCGGUAUGACGAUAUGCUCUAGUGUAGCGUGUAGCGGUAUGACGAUAUGCUCUAGUGUAGCGUGUAGCGGUAUGACGAUAUGCUCUAGUGUAGCGUGUAGCGGUAUGACGAUAUGCUCUAGUGUAGCGUGUAGCGGUAUGACGAUAUGCUCUAGUGUAGCGUGUAGCGGUAUGACGAUAUGCUCUAGUGUAGCGGGGCUCUACGGAAUGGCAGAAGAAUUCUCAUCGUUGGAGGCUGAGCUCUUGGACGCUGCAAGGGCGGGAAACGAGGAAUAUAUAGUUGCGCUGCUGAAGGACGUCGGGAAGGUAAAUAACCCUCGUUUGUCUCAGAAUGUAGGUGACAGUUUGAAGCCAAACGGAAUUCAACGAGCAGCCAUUGACAAGGCAGCACAAGAAGUUCUGGGACGAAAGAGGGAAGAAGGAGAAGUUGACGACAUGCGGGAGACUUCCGUAGGCAGUACGAAAACAGGCGAGCGAGAGAGGCUCCUCAAGGGCUACAUGGUCUCCUCAGUGAACGAAUGGGGAGCAGAUCAGACCAGAAUCCUCUUGUUGACCAAUCAAGCGAUACAUCGAGUCAAGUUCGAUUUUCACCGCGACAAGGUGGUCAAGUGGCAUACUGAUAGGUUCGACGAGAUUCUCAGAGUGGAGUAUGGCAACUUUCAGGCAGCCAGCUCAUCCUUGACUACAAUGUUUCUCCGCCACGAGAUCGAAGACCAGCAAGGUUUCCGAAUAUUUACUGUGAAAAGAGAUGGAAAACCAAGUAUCAACGAUAUUGUUGCUGAAGAACGGGCGGGUAAAGCACAAGACUCGCUCACGCCCAUGGAAUAUUUUCGUGAAUAUCGAGCCUUGCUGGCGGAGUCGGAGCCCUGGAAGGAAGAAGUCUUUAUGCUUGAGUUCAUCGCCGCUUUGCAGGCAGUGAAGGUGUUGAGGAAGGCAAAGUUUGAGGUCCGCCUCGCCAAGGUUGGGCAGUCGCGAUAG